AUGGCAGCUCGCUCGUUGGCUUUUGAGGUGGCUGAUCUCUGCUUAGGCAAGCCGCCGCUGCGUGCCCUUCCUCUGUCCGCCACCGUCGGUGAUGCCUUGGCGGCGCUAAAAGAGGCGGAGAAUAAUUUCGUCAGUGUGUGGAACUGUGAUCACUCUAAGGGGGAUUUAAAUGCCAACGAUGAAAACUGUGUGUGUAUAGGGAAGAUAUGCAUGGUUGAUAUAAUUUGCUAUCUUUGCAAAGAAGAGUAUUUAUCUUCUCCCGCUUUGGCCUUGAAGUCCCCUGUUUCCGUUUUGCUGUCAAAAGUUAAUGGUCUCGUGAGGCAUGUGGAGGCUUCUUCAAGUUUACUUGAUGCUAUUGAUUUGAUCCUCCAAGGUGCCCAGAAUCUUGUGGUUCCUAUAAAGAGCAACAACACAGGCAAUUCAAAGAGAAAACAACUCCUAAAAUCAUCAUCACUGAGUCCAAUAGUUCACAAUGGCCUCGAAUUUUGUUGGCUAACGCAAGAAGAUAUAAUGAGAUACCUUCUUAGCUCUAUUGGCCUUUUCUCCCCGAUCCCGACUCUCUCCAUUGACACCCUUGGCAUCAUCAGCCCUGAAUUUUUGGCUGUUGGGUACCACUCCAUGGCUUCAUCAGCAAUUGGCGCCAUCUCCCAAUCUCUAGUGGACCAAACUUCAGUGGCUGUUGUUGAUGAUGAUGGAACAUUGAUUGGUGAGAUCUCCCCCUUCGCCCUUGCCUGCUAUGACGAGACUGUGGCAGCUGCCAUUACAACCCUCUCUGUGGGGGAACUAAUGACCUACAUUGACUGUGGAGGCCCCACUGAGGAAAUUGAUAGGGUGGUCGAGGCGAGGUUGAAGGAAAGAAAUCUAGAGGGAAUGCUAGAGGAAUUUGUGAUAGAGUCCUCCAGUAGUACAAUUCUCUCCAGCUCAUCUUCUGACGAGGAAUUACCUUCCCCUAGUAGAACAUUGUCAAGGUUGGGUCGAUAUAGUAGGUCUACCAGCUACUCAGCACGUAUGGUGAGAAGGGCAGAGGCAAUAGUGUGCCAUCCCGGAAGUUCUUUGGUGGCAGUGAUGAUACAGGCUAUCGCGCAUCGGGUAAACUAUUUAUGGGUUAUUGAAGAUGAUUGCAGUGUAGUUGGAAUUGUAACAUUUGCAAACAUGCUUGAAGUUUUCCUCAAAAACUUAGAAUCCAUGAUAUGA